AUGGCUGAAGUCACUCUCACUGGUGUCGUACCAACUGGUCUCUUCAUAGACAACAAAUUCAUUCCAGCCAGCGCCAACUCCACCAUAAAUAUAGAGAACCCCCUCACAUGCAGCAACCUCGCAACAGUGUCGGCAGCACAGAACGAAGAUAUUGACCGCGCCGUUCAAAGCUCAACACUAGCCUUUUCAUCGUGGAAACGAGAGAGUCCUAGUUUCCGACGCGCUCUGCUUCUCAAAUUGGCAGACCUGAUUGAGAGAGAUGCAUCCAUCAUCGCGUCCCUCGAGGCCAUUGACGCUGGCAUCUUGUACCGAGACUCCAUGGGCAUGAACAUACCACAAGCCCUAGAGAACUUGAAAUACUUUGCAGGAUGGGCAGACAAGGUAGACGGACUAACAUUAACCAUCCCGGGAGGCAUGGCAUAUACCAGACGAGAACCCAUUGGCGUAUGCGCCGCCAUUAUACCGUGGAAUGCGCCAUUGAUGAUAACCAUCUGGAAGCUGGCACCAGCUCUUGCCGCCGGCAACACAAUCAUCAUCAAAACACCAGAAAUGUGUCCUUUGUACGGCCAAAAGCUCGGGCAACUCAUAGCCGAAGCCGGGAUUCCGCCUGGUGUCGUCAACAUCGUAUGCGGGCUAGGUGGUGUUGCUGGCGCCGCGCUUUCCGCUCACACAAGUAUAAGAAAGAUCUCCUUCACAGGUAGCCCCGGCGUUGGCAGACAAAUCCUAGCCACAUCAGCACGAACGAAUUUGAAAAGAGUCACGCUCGAGCUAGGUGGAAAGGGAGCUUCCAUUGUGUUUGACGAUGCGGACUGGGAGAACGCCCUCUUCUGGACAACCAUGGGCAUCACCGUCAACAACGGCCAGGUUUGCAUUGCCGGAAGCCGGAUAUACGUCCAGGACACCAUCUACGACAAAUUCAUACAGGAGUUCUCCAAGCGGGUUAGCGAGGCUGUGCAUGGCGACCCUCUCAUCGCUGAGACGACCAAAGGCCCUGUGAUCAACCGCGCGCAGCGGGACAAGAUCCUCUCUUACAUCGACCUUGGUAAGAGCUCCGGGGCGAAGCUCAUUGCUGGGGGUGAGCCGUUCCCCAGCGAUGGACAUUUUGUUGCCAAUACGGCUUUCGCGGACGUUUCGGAUGAUGCUCGAAUCAUGAAAGAAGAAGUAUUUGGGCCACUUGCCUGCAUUGCGCCAUUCAUAGCCGAGGAGGAAGUUGUGAGGAGGGCCAACGACACCGCCUUUGGGCUCAGCGCGGCAGUCUUCACUAAUGACUUGAACAGAGCGUAUCGGGUUGCGGAGGCGAUGGAAGCUGGACAGGUUACUGUGAAUAAUUGGGGUGCUGUGCAUGCGAAUACGCCGUUUGGGGGUGUCAAGGAGAGUGGCUUUGGGCGUGAUAUGGGUAAGGAGGCGUUGGAUGAGUGGACAUCUGUGAAGACUGUGAAGUGGCAUAUUCUGGGCUCUACGUGA